AUGGAGCCUGGAGGUGCUGAGUUUGGGGGUGCUGAGUCUGGGUUUGCUGAGCCUGAGGGUGCUGCGACUGAGAGUACUACACCUGGAGGCGCUCUUUCCUCACAGCAGCUGCGUGAGUGGUACUUACAGUACUGCAGCCUCAGGAGAGGUGAUGCUGGAGCUCGUGCUCGUGCUUCCCCUCCUAGGCGGGAGCUGCCCUCUCCCCAGCGGCUUCGAGAGUGGUACGCUCGUCGCUGCAGUCUCCGGAGUGGCGCUACUAGUGUCGUGGACCCUGGUGCUGCUGCUGCUGGAGGUGCUGCUGGAGCUGUUGGAGGUGCUGCUGGUGCUGGUACUGCUGGAGCUGCUGGAGGAGCUGCUGGUGUUGGAGCUGCUGGAGGUGCUGCUGCUGCUGGAGGUGCUGCUGGAGCUGCUGGAGGUGCUACUGGUACUGGUGCUGCUGGUGCUGGUCCUGCUGGAGCUUCUGGAGGAGCUGCUGGUGUUGGAGCUGCUAGAGGUGCUGCUGCUGCUGGAGGUGCUGCUGGAGCUGCUGGAGGUGCUACUGGUACUGGUGCUGCUGGUGCUGGUCCUGCUGGAGCUUCUGGAGGUGCUGCUGGUGUUGGAGCUGCUGGAGGUGCUGCUGGUACUGGUGCCGCUGGUGCUGGAACUGCUGGAGCUGCUGGAGGCACUGCUGCUGCUGGCGGUGCUGCUGGAGGUGCUACUGGUACUGGAGGUACUGGAGCUGCUGGGACUGGAGCUGCUGAGGGGGUUGGAGCUGGAGUUGCUGAGCGGCCGCGGCCGUACUACGUUCCGCUCCUUCAGCAGGUUCUGGGUCUCCCGCCCUCUCCUGGUUCUACUCCUCCCCUACUGAGUCCACCGCCUAUCCAGUCACAGUUACAGCCUGCCUCUCCACUGCCUGGUCCUUCUCCUUACACUGCGCCGACGGGUAGUCUUACUGAGCGUCGUGAGCCUGAGUCUCGUCCUCCGUCGCCUGAGUCUCGUCCAGAGUCGUCUGAGUCGCGUCCAGAGUCGCCCGUCCGCGCUGUCCGCGCUGGUCGUCGUGCUCCGCGUGAGCGUCCUCCUCCUGUCCUUGGCACUCACUAUAUGACUCUGCGUCCUUCCACUGCUCCACAGCGCGUCCCUCUGCCGUCUCCUCCUGCGUCCUCUCUUCCUGACGUUGCUGACCCGCCGUCAGACCUUACUCGUGCUGCCAGUCCUACUGUCGCGCGUCUCCUUGCCACUGUUCUCACUGACCCUACCUUUGAGUCCUCUGCUGCGUCUGCUCUAGUCGCUGAGCUUGUUGACUUUGCUGCCGCCUGUCGUCUAGACUACGCUGAUAGCCUUGUUGCUGAGUCUGAUUCUGUCUGUCCUCCGUCAGUCGGGGGUGAGUGUGCUCUUGGCACGGACGUCCUUGAGGACAGACAGGAGGAGUUUGAGUGCUUUGCUGCUGCUUUACCUCAUCUCGUGUCCAUGCUGAUUGCCCCUGAGGGAGACCCGGAUGCACCAGACAUCCCGACCCCACGCUCCUACGCAGAGGCGAUGGAGGGUCUCUACUCCUCUCAGUGGCAGACAGCCAUGGACGCAAAGAUGGCUUCCUGGAAGUCCACAGGCACCUACGUCGACGAGGUUCCCCCACCUGGGGCGAACAUCGUCAGUGGCAUGUGGAUUUUCAGGGUGAAGCGGCCGCCGGGUUCUCCGCCUGUCUUCAAGGCGCGUUACGUUGCACGAGGAUUCAGUCAGCGAGAGGGAGUUGACUUCUUCCAGACCUUCUCCCCGACCCCGAAGAUGACCACUCUUCGGGGCACCCUGCACGAGGAGAUCUGGCUGCGCCGCCCACCUGGCUUCACUGGGUCGUUCCCUCCUGGUACCCAGUGGAGCCUCCGGCGGCCGGUCUACGGUCUCCGCCAGGCGCCCCGUGAGUGGCACGACACACUGAGGACUACUCUUGCUGCUCUUGGGUUUGCUCCUUCUACUGCUGACCUGUUGCUGUUUCUACGCACCGACACCACUCUGCCGCCGUUCUACGUUCUCGUGUACGUAGACGACUUGGUCUUUGCUACUGCUGACACUGAGGCACUCGCCCACGUGAAGUCGGAGCUGCAGAAGAGACACACGUGCACAGACCUGGGUGAGCUGACAAGCUAUCUUGGCUUGCGGAUCACCCGGGACAGAGCACAGCGCACCAUCACCUUGACUCAGUCACACAUGGUGCAGCAGGUCCUUCAGCGCUUCCGCUUCACGUACUCCUCGCCUCAGCCCACUCCUCUGCCUACCGGUCACUCGCUCCCAGCUCUGCCUUCGGAUGAGUCCGUAGAGCCGAGUGGCCCGUAUCCAGAGCUUGUGGGCUGCCUCAUGUACCUGAUGACCUGCACUCGACCUGACCUUGCAUACCCUCUUAGCAUCCUAGCACGCUAUGUCGCUCCUGGCCGUCACCGGAAGGAGCACAUGGAUGCCGCUAAGAGGGUGUUGCGCUACUUGUGCAGUACGUCGGGCAUGGGGCUUGUGCUUGGAGGACGGCGCGACGUUGUCCUCACUGGACACUCAGAUGCUUCUUGGGCUGACGACCAGGCUACGCAGCGGUCGUCUCAGGGUUACACCUUCAGCCUUGGCUCUGGCUCUGUUUCCUGGCGUUCUACACGCUCUUCCUCUGUUCUCAGCUCCAGUUGUGAGGCUGAGAUCUACGCCACAGCCAUGGCUGCCCAGGAGCUACGCUGGCUCACCUACCUGCUGACCGACCUCGGAGAGCGGCCUCGUUCUCCUCCAGUGCUGUACGUCGACAACAAGGCAGCCAUUGCCUUGUGUCAGGAGCACAGGUUGGAGCACAGAACGAAGCACAUUGCUCUGCGCUACUUCCUUGCUCGAGAGCUGCAGCAGCGUGGUCAGCUUCGUCUGCGUUACGUGGCCACUCAGGCCAACACUGCUGAUGUGUUCACCAAGGCGCUUCAGCCUUGUGAUCAUCAGCGUUUCUGUACUGUUCUAGGCCUUGUGCCUACUCUCCCUCACUUGCUCACUUCUUGA